AUGCAGCUUCCAUUACAGGCUUCACUGAAUUCAACCACCGCCCUAAAAUGCCUACAUUUGCGCAUGCUUCUCCUGCUUAUUUUAUCAGCAACCACCUCCUUCUCCGGCCAAAUUGUCAAGUACCUUCCAGGAUACGACGGUGAACUCCCAUUCAAGCUCGAAACUGGAUACAUAAGCGUCAAUGAGUCGGAGCUGUUCUACUAUUUUAUAGAGUCGCAAGGCAAUCCUGAAGAAGACCCUCUAUUUCUUUGGAUGACUGGUGGCCCUGGCUGUUCUUCAUUCAAUGGAUUAAUCUAUGAAAUCGGUAAGGAUGAUAUUUUUACUGGACCGUUGGAGUUUGAUAUUGACAACUACACGGGGACAGCUAGCUUCAUAUUCCUAGAUUCACCUGUUGGCACUGGUUUCUCUUAUUCUACUAACUCGGACGCCUGGGCUUCCUCUGACACUGCAGCAGCCAAAGAAGCCUAUGAGUUCCUUAGAAAGUGGCUGACUGACAACCCUAAAUACCUGGCUCUUGAACUUUUCAUUGGCGGUGAUUCUUAUUCUGGCAUAAUUGUUCCUCUAAUCACCAAGCUUGUUGUAGAGGGUAAGUUCCAUAUGUUCUAG